AGAAGCCUGCCCACUGCAGAACCGAGCCUGUCCCUCCUUUGGAAUCGCCCAGGGUCGACGGGGGAUACGGCCGAUCCCGGGCUGGCAUAGCCCCGUUUCUCCCCCUCCCACCCUCCGUCUGCAUCUCGCCUCCUAUUCCGCCCUGGCUCUGGCUGGGCUCUGCUUGUUUGUGUGCGCCGCGCUGCGCCGCGCCACGGCCGGGGAGGAUGCGCCUUGUUCCAGCGGCGGCGGUGGUGGCGGCAGCUGCUGCUGCUGCUGCUGCUCGUGUCCGGGGAGCGCGGUGAUUAGCCAGAUGGGGACCGGCCUGCCCGGCUGACGGAGCGGGGGAGGAGCAGGCGCUUUUGUUGCCGCUGCAGCCGCUGGAUCGCCCGUUGCAAAAGGAGAGGCGAGGCGAGGCGCCCCGGAGAGGGACUAGCUGUACAUUACCCCAAGAUACGUGCCAUCAUGGCUUGCCUGCACGAGACCCGCACACCUUCCCCCUCUUUUGGCAGUUUCAACACUAUCUUGACGGAGAGUUCCCUACGGAAGUUGGAUCCAGAUGCCUCGGACUGCACCCCUGAGAAGGACUUGACGCCGACACAAUGUGUGUUGCGAGAUGUCUUGCCCAUAGAUGGGAGUGGAGGUGGAGGUGGUGGACACAGUCCCACUCCCAGCGAGGAGACCCACGAACAGUUUGCCAACAGCGUGCUGCAGCUCCACGAGAAUGAAGCUGGUAGUGGGGGAGGGGGCGGAGCUGGCGCAGGAGCUGGAGUUGGGAAUCCUGAAGUCCGGCCCACCCGCUACCAUGCUGACCAAGUACGGAUCCACUGCCAGACAGGGAGUGGCUUUCUGGAAGGGCUUUUUGGUUGCCUCAAACCAGUCUGGACCAUGAUUGGCAAAGCAUAUUCCACCGAACACAAACAGCAGCAGGAAGACCCGUGGGAGGUACCCUUUGAAGAGAUCAUGGACUUGCAAUGGGUAGGCAGUGGGGCACAAGGUGCUGUCUUCCUGGGACGCUUCCAUGGGGAGGAAGUUGCAGUCAAGAAGGUGCGAGACCUCAAGGAGACGGAUAUCAAACAUUUGAGGAAACUCAAGCAUCCCAACAUCAUCACCUUCAAGGGUGUGUGCACCCAGGCUCCCUGUUACUGCAUCAUCAUGGAAUUCUGUGCCCAGGGCCAACUCUAUGAGGUGCUACGUGCUGGACGCAAAGUCACUCCCUCGCUGUUGGUGGACUGGUCCAUGGGCAUCGCUGGUGGCAUGAACUACCUGCACCUCCAUAAGAUCAUCCACCGAGACCUCAAGUCACCCAACAUGCUGAUCACAUAUGAUGAUGUGGUGAAGAUCUCCGACUUUGGCACCUCCAAAGAGCUCAGUGACAAGAGCACCAAGAUGUCUUUUGCUGGCACCGUGGCCUGGAUGGCCCCUGAAGUGAUUCGGAAUGAGCCUGUUUCUGAGAAGGUUGACAUCUGGUCCUUUGGGGUCGUUCUCUGGGAGUUGCUGACCGGAGAGAUUCCUUACAAGGAUGUGGACUCCUCAGCCAUCAUCUGGGGAGUGGGCAGUAAUAGCCUCCACCUACCUGUGCCUACCAGUUGCCCAGAUGGCUUCAAGAUUCUGCUGAGGCAAUGCUGGAAUAGCAAACCUCGGAAUCGCCCAUCUUUCCGUCAGAUCCUGCUGCACCUUGACAUCGCCUCUGCUGACGUGCUGUCCACACCGCAAGAAACCUACUUCAAAUCCCAGGCUGAAUGGCGAGAAGAAGUGAAGCUCCAUUUCGAAAAGAUCAAAUCGGAGGGGACAUGUCUACACCGUUUGGAAGAGGAGUUGAUCCACCGGAGGCGAGAAGAACUCAGGCAUGCCUUGGACAUCCGGGAGCACUACGAACGUAAAUUGGAACGGGCCAACAAUCUUUAUAUGGAGCUCAAUUCCCUCAUGCUACAGUUGGAGCUGAAGGAGAAAGAGCUGCUUCGGCGAGAGCAAGCGUUAGAGAAGAAAUAUCCCGGACUUUUUAAGCAUCAUCCAUCCCGCAGUCUCCUGCAUGGCAACACAGUGGAGAAACUGAUCAAGAAGAGGAAUGUGCCACAAAAGCUCUCUCCUCACAGCAAAAGGCCGGACAUUCUAAAGACGGAGGUCAUCCUGGACCCCAGCCUGCCUCAGCUCGCCAUCCCCGUGUGCCAGAAAGGGCCCCCGUCCCCUGGGCGUAGCCGCCGUACUAAAUCACGCUACCGCAAGGUCAGCACACGGGGCAGCUGUGGGGAGUUGGCCGAUCCCGGAGGAGCCAAGCGCCUGGAGCCCUGCACGGCCCUCCGAGGGCUCCAGCAUGACCUGCUGCUGCGCAAGAUGUCGUCUUCCAGUCCUGACCUCAUUUCCACAACGUUGGGAGCCGAGGGCCGCAAAGGGGCAGCGGGGCCAGAAUCCCCACCGGCGGAGCAGCCCCGCAGCGAGACGCCCAGCGAAGACACUGCCUCGGUGCCUUGCUCCAGCAGCCCCGACUCACCUUCUUCUCGACAGGGGGCAGUGGGGCCGCCAGGAAAGGCAAGGCUUCAGCCUGGCGAGGAGGCAGAACGGGAACAGGGCAAGGGCAGCCGCUCAGGGGCCCCACAGCAGUCUCAGCACCUCACACCAGCGGCUAUGUUGUACCGGGCAGCUGUUACCCGCAGCCAGAAACGUGGUAUCUCCUCAGAGGAAGAAGAGGGCGAAGUGGACAGUGAAGUUGAGCUCCCUCUCCGGCAAAGGUGGCCUCAGGCUAGGAGCAAACGGCAAUCUCUCUCCACCUUCAGCUCCGAGAACUUCUCAGAUGGGGAUGGUGAGGAGGGCACUGGCAGUGAGGGCACCACAGCUUCCCACAGUGGUGGCACCCCAGAUGUGCCCAGUACCAAUACAGAUGAACGCCUGGAUGCCGAGCGCUCAGAUGACGACAUUCUGGGGAACUCUGAUGGGUUGUCCGAAAAGGAAGCCGUCAUUCAGCUUGUGAAACGGCAGCUCAGUGCUGAGCAGAAUGCUGGAGAGGAUCCUGCCGCCUAUGAAGACUCGGAUUGCGAUAGUGCCGAACUGGACAAUUCAGGCAGUGGGGAGGUGCAGAGACUUCCAGACAUACCGAAUUUGUGAUCUCCACUGCUUGGGUUUCCUUUCCCAGGUUGUACAGUUCCCUCUUCCCUUCUCGGCCACCCUGCACCACCACCACCUUCUCCCCAGAUAUUUAUAUAAAUAAUUAUAAAGCUCUAUAUAAAUCUAUAUUAUCUCAUAAUCUCUGGAAAGAGAGCCAGCACACCUCAUUCCUCUCCUCAGUUCCUGUUCCCACAUUUUCUCUGACCAGUUGGGGGUGGGGGAGGUCAAGAGUCUCACCUUAUUAUCAGGGCUCACUGCAUUCAACGCUGGACAGCUGGAAUGGAGGCAGCGACCGAACGGACCCUCCUCAUGGCCCCACAGUUCACCACUUGCUCUACCCACAGGAAGGCACUGAUUCCUUCCAUUUUGCUUCCUCCAAAGUCCCGAAUGGUUUGGGAAUUCAGGAGAAGAUCAGCCAGGCCUGAUGGGCCACCAAUGCCCAAGGGAUGAAGAGAAGAGCCAGAGGCGGCAUGGGCUAAGAAACGGUGCUUUCAUCUGCCAAUGGAAAUGACAACGGUGCACCAGCAGGGCUGCAGGUCCCAGCUCAGCCUCUUGACUGGAUGAUGUACAUCACCACCACCACGUCCUGAGGGCUUAACCAGACUGUCUCUGAGAUGGACUUGAUGCAUGUUUGGGCCGUAGUCAGCACGGAACUAUUGUCCCAAUGGACAGCUUGAAAAUGAGCCAUUUCCAUCACCUUUCUGCCCUUGUAGCUGUUCUUGGAAGCAACAACAACAAGACUUGAAGGCCUCAACUCCCUCCCAGGCCCCAUGUCUCUUCCCAGUACGUCAUCCUCACCUUCUCCGCAUCCAAUCAUUCUGCAGAAAAACACACACACACACACACACACACACACACACACACACACAGGCUUUCCUACCUUUUGAGAAGGCCCACUCCUUAGGUUGGGAUGGGGAAAGUGGCCCUCUUCUGCUCUCUGCUGGCACCAACAUGCACUGCACUUUUUUUGUGCUUGGUUUAUUUAUUUAUUUAUUUAUUUAAUUAAUUUAUUAUGAGAAAUGUUUACAUUUGCACUUAUUGUGUGUCCCGUCUGAGGGAGGAAGCCAGGGAAGGGGAAGGAAAGGGGGCAGGAAGCGGGAUUUGACAUUUCCGGCCCAUUUACGUUGAGAUGCUGCAAUGCCUAAAAAGAGAAAUGGGGAGUUCCUUGAGUUUACACUUGUGUGGAGAAAACCAAAACCAAACCACCCAGGUCCUCUUGGUUUCUCAGGUGAAAAUCUUGGCUUGGAGAAUCAUUUUAUGUUAUUGCCCCCUUUGCAAUUCAUUUGUUGCUUAGAGGUGUACGGUUAAACCCCAGGGAUGUGAGAGUCUAGGUCGGACUCAGGCUAAGUGCAAGUGUGGGCAUAAACUUAUUCAGAAACAUUUUUCUCCCAGUGGAAGACUUGCAGGAAAAGCACAGCCACCAAAUAAAUAUAUAUUUGGUGGCUCUGCAACAUAUAUAUAUGUUGGAACCAAUGCAACUCUUUCCCCAUUGCAACCAACCAGCUUUUGCUGGAAAGAGAGGCUCUCGAAAAUUAUUGUCGAAGGAAGUCUUAUGAGGGGCAAUUGGCUGUCUGCAUGAUACAUUGGCUGUUUCUGUUGCCUCUAUGGCAGGAAAGUGUUGGAUUGCAUUCAACCCUCAGGUGCCCAGGUGCUGGCCCUUUUCAAAGAGGCCAAGAUCUUAGGUGCACAAGAUGCUGUUCUUGCAGCAUGUUUGAUGCCUGUUUAUCCAUAUAGCCACAGGUGCUCCUUUCGCAUGAAAGAGGACGCUCAGUAACCCUAGGGGAGAAUAUACUGCAAUCGGACACAAGCUUGGCGUAGAGGUUUAAUUGCCUACGUUUUGAAUGUUCCUCAGCAUCCCAUAUUUCUGGUAACAAGCCCUCCCCAGACAAAAGUUGCAUUGCUUCCUGGGAAAAUUGCAUACUAAUAAUCUGCCAGUCAAGGUUGAUGGGGCUAGGUCAAGCAAUUUAUAUCGUAAAGCAGUUUCCUGCCAAGUCAGACACUGUUACUGAAUAUCUUCUGAAAUAUUGAAAAAUGUGUCGGGAAAUCUCCCCUGGUUAUCAACGCAGGCUCUCAAACCCUAUUCAUGCAGUACCACUACUUUAGGAAAAAAAGUCUCCUUUGUGUCAAGCUUGACUCAUGGCAACUUCUUAGUUACAUCUGGGCAGGGUUGUGUUAUUGUUCUUUUUUGGCAACAAAAGGGAAAUAAUUUGCCAUUGUCUUCUGGGGGUCUAUAAAUGUUUUACUUUCCAGACUAGUCUAUACUCUGGUGGAUUCCUGGUGAAUUCCCUGGUGGACUCCUGUUCAAAUACUAAUCAGAUUUCAUGCUAUUUUUGGAGAUCAUCUUUUGGCCUCUGCAAUAUUUUUUUUCUCUUGUUUGGUCCUACACUUAAUCUUGAAAUAAUCCACACCUUCGCUAGGCUAAGAAGGAUCAUACCAAAAUACUCCUUUUUCAUAACCUUAAAGGCAUGAUAGAAGUUCUAGGGUGCCGUAAUUGUCACUAAAUUUUAUGCAAUUACUGUUUUAACACUAAAAAAAAAGAAACCACGGUGUAAAGUUUUGAUGCAGAAUUUAUUCUCAGGGCUACCAUAUCUGUGCUGCAAAAAUCUGGAUGACCAUUUUUUACAUGGCAGCAGAGAAAUGCAGCCUAAAUAUGGAGACCUAAAAGAAAUUUUACUGCUGUUCAGGGAAAAUUGUCAACUGUUUAACCCUGAAUUGUGGUGAAAUGCACAGCACAAGCGAAGUGCUUGAACGUUUAUCAAACUUUGAUUAUAUUUUCUCAGCUGGAAAGUGGAGGGUCAGCUUUCUGAUCCUAAAUAAGGCUCCCUUGUCCGAUUUUCUCAAUAAGACAAGAAAGGCAAUCAAAAUUCUUAAAACGCUUUAAUUUCUUUAGCUUAAGAAAAAUAGGGUAACAUGGCAGAAGACGCACCCAAAAAGAAUUUGAUAGCCCCCUUUAAAAAGCCAGUCCUUGCAAUAAUGGGAGCAGCAGGGUUCAUAGGCUGUUACAAGUCCUGCAUCUGUGAAGCAGGGGUGUGUGAAUAGGGGGUGAAAGCAGACAGUCUAACUGGCAGAGAAGUUACUUGGUCUGUUCCUUAGGACUUCACAGGCUGGAAUAAGGGAUGAUAUCUGGGCUGCAAAACUCCACAUUAGCAUCACAUGGCAACAAUACCCUUCAAGCAAAGGACUAAUGAAAAUGUUCUCUGUUCAGUCAUCCAGGCCUGGGCCCUUAUUGUGAAUCCUGUGCACUGGGUUUUUUCCAAAAAAAGCCCACUAGCUAAAAGAACAAUCUAAAUUUUAACUCUUGCUUUUUCUAUACUUGAUGAACACAAGCACGACCAGCAACUCUGUUGCCAAGUGAAAUGGUCAUUAAGCAAAAUAUCAUGUGACUUCGCAGACCCUACAAUGCCACUUCCACCCUAGUCAUUAAGCAAAUCACCUGCACUCAUUAAGCAAGGUGUUUGCAUGAUCGCAACUUGCGAUUUUACUGCAGGCCAGCCGUGAAGCACACAAAUGAUAAUCACGUGACUAUGGGAUGCUGCAAUGGUCAUCGGUGUGAGAACCGGUCACAAUAUUACUUUUUCAGCACCAUCAUCACUUCAGUCUUUAAACAGGACACAGUAAGCGAGGACUACCUGUAAGAGCCAUGGUGGGACAGUGGUUAGAAUGCAGCAUUGCAGGCUAAUUCUGCUGAUCGAAGUUCGGCAGUUCAAAUCUCACCAGGCUCAAGUUUGACUCAGCCUUCCAUCCUUCCGAGGUGGGUAAAAUGAGGACCCAAAUUAUUGGGGCAAUAGGCUGACUCUAUAAAGCGCUUAGAGAGGGGCUAUAAAGCACUAUGAAGCAGUAUAUAAGUCUAAGUGCUAUUGCUAUAGGAAGUAUCAAGCCAAGCGUGACUCCUGCAGAGUACUCUGGAGCAGGGGUCCUCAACCCCUGGGCCAAAGACCGGUACUGGUCUGUGGCCUGUUAGGAACUGGGCCACACACCUGGAGGUGAGUGGUGGGAGAGCAGGCAAAGCUUUAUCUGUACAGGUAGUCCUCGAAUUAUAGCAGUUCAUUUAGUGACCAUUCAAAGUUACACCAGAAAAAAAGUGACUUAUGAUCAUUUUUCACUUACGACUGUUUCAGCAUCCCCAUAGUCACAUAAAAAUUCAGAUGCUUGGCGACCAACUCAUAUUUAUGAAAAUUGCAGUGUUGAGGUCAUGUGAUCCCUUUUUGCAACCAUCUGACAAGCAAUGAGGAAGCCAGAUUCACUUAGCGACAGUGUUAGUAAUUUAACAACUGCAGUGAUUCACUUAACAACUGUGGCAAGAAAGAGCGUAAAAUGGGGCAAAGUUUUACAAAUGUUUCACUUAGCUCAAGUGUGGUCGUAAGUCAAGGACUACCUGUAUUUACAGCUGUUCUCCAGUUCCACCUCAGAUCAUCAGGCAUUAGAAUCUUAUAGGAGCGCAAACCCUACUAUAAAUUGCACAUGUGAGGAGGGAUCUACGUUGUGUGUUCUUCCUCCUCCCCCUCACCGCCCCCAUCGCGGAAAAAUUGUCUUCCACAAAACCAGUCCCUGGUGCCAAAUAGGUUGGGGACUGCUGUUUUAGAGAAGCAUUUGUCAGUGCUUUCUUCCAUGAUGUUUUCCAGUUUCCCAUUUUGAGAGUCUAAAGUUUUCCUGGAAAGCAUCCAUCCAAACACUAACCAGAACUGCUUAGCUUCGGAACCCAAACAAGAUCAGGCAAAUGGUGCCAUCUGCUGAAAAGCAAGAAAUAUAGCAGAGCCAAUAAAUGAAUCUCUUUUGACCACUGGCAGCUCCCAGUGAAUUCACAUUCAGCAGUACAGAAACGUUCCAGCCAUGGACAGAGGCAGACACUCCCUGGGCAAUACUAAAAUCAAAUUCUAGCUUCCUAGCUCUACAGGAGAUCCAUCAGCUAAAAUGGUAAUAACCUUAGAAGCAGGAGAACCAAGAUUAAGACUGAUGGAGAAUGAUGGAAGGGAAGAUGUGAAAUUGCAUGUCUAGCUGCUUCUCUAGCCUUUCAAAUAAAAAUUCCUGACUGAAGAAAUUUAUCAUACUCGAUGAAAGUGAGAAACCACCAUUCUUCCUUGUGCCUCCCUCUCUCCUGACUAGCCCAAACAGGAGGUUUAACUUUGGAGAAUGUUUUAAGAAUUUGCACAUAAUUUAGAGCUCCAUGUUUACAUUUCCUUUGUGCAGAAGGGGCCAGCAUGGGUCAUUUUGUGUUCCCUAAGCAUCUACCCAAAAGAUCUUGUGGCAAAACUCCAGAGAGAAAACAGACUGUCUUCCAAGCAUUGUUUUCUGAAGUCUCCUUGGCAAGACUUCAGGUAUAAAUUUCUAAGCAAAAUUAAAAGGGCCCACUGUUGACUUAAUUUAAUGUUUCUUGUCGAUACUUCUUAAAAAUACUUUAAAAAGUAACAGUAUGGCAGGAGUUAGGGAAACUCUUUUUUUUAACUUUCCCAUUACUUCAGCAUGAUAGGCAUUUUUCUAUUUGUUUCAGACACAAUGUUUUUGUGCCUGUGCUACAAAACAAUUGAGAAAGAAGCCCCGUACACCUUUAAUCAUAUACAUUUGGCUUUCCCUAAUCACAAAUAUGGCAAAUUAAAUUAGAGACAACAGCUGGACAUGCAUCAAGACUCCAUUUCACACUGAAUACACAACUUGGGGGGGGAGGGAAGGGUAAAUAUGGCUAGCUUACUUGCAGGAGUUAACAACUGGUGCGGCCCUUCCUUCUCACACUCAGAAAACACAACUAGGUUCAUCAAACAACUUUACAGAUCAAUUCAUCCUUAGAUUUUUCAGUCACAAAGUGACAUUUCUGUUCGAAUGAUGGAAAGAGAUGUCCUUUUCCAUCGUCUCUUCCUUAGGUGUUUUAUGAACUCGUUAGAUUGAGGCCAAAAGUGGUAUCAAGUUAGCCUGAAAAAAUAGGCCAGGGCAAUUGGGCUCUUCUUGCAGCUGAAUUUUACAUCAGGUAGCCCUUUGAUUUGAUCCAUACAAGGUCAUUUGGUAAGAUAACAGUAGUGAGAAAGCUGAAAUGUGGGUAUAAAUCUCAAGCAAAAUUAAAACCAGAAUCCAGCAUCAGCAUCAAAUCCUUGUAAAUAUAUAUCAAGUCCUGCAGAAUUUAUCUCCUAUCGCUGUUUGGCUGAUUUCAGUGCUGAUAAAUCAGCAUUUUUAUAUUUCACGUCCAGCCAGUAGAAGCCACAAUUAUUUAAAAGUUUAUUGCGGUUACUGACUCUCUUAUGUGAGGGUCAAGCCACCUUGGGAAUGGGUAAUAAAACCUAUCUUGCUGAAACUGGUAGCCCCUGGAUGGCGCCCAGUAUUCCCAGUUUGCCUCUGUAAAACGGAGCUGUAAUUCAAGUGUGGACACAACAUGCUCCAAAUUUAUGAGGUCAAAUACUGGUGCUUGGGAUAGCCCUGCUAAGAAAAAUAUGUGCCUCAUAGUUCGGAAAAAUAUUGUCAAGAGAAACCAAUACUGGACUUGAUUUCCCAACUGUAAAAAAUAAUAUACAAAAAAAAAAAAAAUAGGUCUCCCAAGUUACAGACAAAUCAACUCUCUUCUACUGAAAGCAUAGGAAAUGAAAAUAACACUUCAUAGAAACAAUCUCCUUCACUGAAAGCCAAACUCCUGGCAGAUAGUAUACGUUCUUUUACAGCAGAUUAAAAUGAUUCCGUCCUUUUGUUAGCGCACUGGAAUCUAGGUUGCAAAAUCCAGGGUCUCCGUUCAGACUCCUUAUGGCUGUAUUCAUUCCCUUGCCAGCAUAAAGCCUCUGUAGAAACGCUGCCCUUAUGCAGCAAGCAUGAUGUUAAAAGACCCGCCUUGACCUCUCCCAGCUCAGUUUGUCAUUCUUCCUGUGGAAGGCAAGUUUUCAAUCCCUUAGAUAAAGCCAUACUUCCCACCAUUUUGGAUCUGUGCGUUCCCUAUUCUUGUUUUAACAUCUACCCUUGUAAGAUAGAUCAUAACUGUAUGGAACUAACAUUGCUUAGAUGAAUAAUGGCACUGCGGAUUUCAAUUAAAGACCAUUUUGUAUUCA